AUGUCUAGUGGCUCAUCACGUACGAGAGUAGAACAAACAUGUGUAGCUGCGAAUAGUACACAUCGUCGAAGUAGUAGUAGUGGGGAUGGAGAUAAUAAUAAUAACAAUAACCACAGAAGUACAGGUGAAAUGGGUAGUGUUUGCACAAACACAAUAUCUCAAUUACUACCAAACAAUUCCAGUCCACUGCAGAUGGAUUUACAUGAUCUUCCUUCCUUUAUCACUAAUAAUAAUAACAAUAACAAUAAUAAUAAUAAUGAUACUGUACAAGCCGGCACGACAAGUAGUUCUACACUGGGAGAUACAGUGGAGGUAUGCGGACGUCGUGAUAGUAGUCAACCUCAUUAUCAUUAUCAUCAUUAUCAUAGUAAUAGUAAUAGUAAUAAUAAUCCUUCCAUCACCUCUGGUCUCUACAGUGUUAGACCACUGCAGUGCUGGGAUGACAAUUCUAUGAGUAGUGCUGCGGAUGGUAUUCCGUUUUCAAGUGAGUCCCCACGAGGACGUGGUAGUUUCUUCACUACUAAUAUGAAUACCAAUAAUAAUAAUAAUACUAAUAUAAAUAAUAAUAAUAAUAAUACAACUACAACUCGUACUUCUAGUGCUCCACCUAUACCACUCUCUGGACGGAGAAGAAAAAAUAGAGGAGAUGGAGGCGAAGGAGAAGAAGAGGGAGAUCUUGAAGGGGAUGGAAGAGAUGGAACCUAUUUAAAUAACACCACUAAUAAUAAUCAUAGUAAUAAUAAUAAUAAUAAUAAUAAUAAUAAUAAUAAUAAUAAUAAUAAUAGUAAUGGUAGUCCAUUGACUGUUACUACGGCCUCUCAAGCCAUUAAUUUAGAGCCUUUUCUCUCAGAAGAAAUGCCGCGUGGACGAUUUAUUUUAUUAAAUCUACUGAACACGUGGGGAGAUGAACAGGAAGUGGGAUUAAAUGGUGUUGAGAUAUUUGAUGAGAAGGGGGAACGUAUUAUUCCUCCACCAGAGUAUAUGAAUGAAAGUAAUAUACCUUGGCAACCUAUGGAAGAGGGAAAAGAAGAUUUACAGAGAAAUACAAACAUCAAAUGGGAUGAUGUUAAACAACAACAACAGAGGUGGAGAUGUGAAGAAAGAAGAGAAACGGAAAAUGGAUUAACAACAAUAACAUAUUCUUUACCAAAUAAUUGUCUCUUGAUGAUUGUUCAAUAUCCAGCGAUUUCAAAUAGGGCAAAGGUAUUCUCUACGGCUUUUAGUAAAGAAAAUAAUGAUGGAGGAACUUCUUUUCUAGAUGAUGAUGAUGAAAAUGAUGAAAAGUAUAAACAACGACAUGCUGUAGAAAAUAUUAUUAAUGGUAUUCACAAUACACAUGAUGAUACGAAACUCUUUACAAUGCCCUUUACACCUGGGAAUCAUCAUUUAAUUGGAUUUAUUCUUCCCAAUCCCGUAGUGAUUUCCAUGAUAAGAGUUCACAACUACAGUGGUCGUGGUCGUGUGUAUACAGAUAAAGGUGUACGUUUUCUGGAAAUGACUGUAGAUGAUAAAUUGGCUUUCCGUGGAGAAAUUGCAUGUAAUACGGGUGAAGUGGUUUCCCCGCAGAGAGUGGGUCUUGAUAAUUGUGAGAAUAUUCUCUUCACAGAGGAUAGAAAUAUCUUAUCUACUCUUCUCAGUAGUAAUAAUAAUAAUAAUAAUAAUAAUAUCAAUGGACAAGAGACCACCACAGCAUCAACAUCAUUAUUAUUAUUAAAUACACAGAGAGAAACAGCAUCUGGAUUAACAACAACAUCAUCCUCAUUAUUAGAGGAGAAUACAGUACGAGGAUCCACCACAACAGUUCUCUUCAGUACUGCGAAUGAAAAUAAAUCUCAACGUAUUGGAAGUGAGAGAGGCGUUGUCAUUCCUGCUGCUCUUCAUACAAAAAGUACAGUAAAGGAAAAGGAUGAUUCUCUUCAACAUCAUCAACAUCUAUCUACUACUACUACUACUACUACUAAUACUAAUACAUCUGUAGGAGUGGGAAUGAGAAGAGAAGCUGAACCUUCUUCAUAUAAACAAUUGGAUAUAGCUUCUACAUGUCCAACCAAUGUCACUUCACUCUGUUUAUUGUUAUUAGGAACAUGGGGAGAUACUGAACGAAUGGGAUUGAGUGGACUUCGUUUACGGGAUGCACAUGGGAAUUUGGUGAGUCAACAUAUUACCCAUUGGUAUAUACGCUUUCCAUCUCAACAGGAAAAUAGGGAAGAGAAUCAUGUGGAGGAUAAAAUAUGGACAGAUCAACUCAUCUUUCUUUUUGAUGAAAGAGCGGAUACUGCUUUAACAUUACCGUGUGAAUGUGGAAUUGAAAUUAUCUUUAUAUUUGAAACUCCAUUGCCAACUUUAGGGUUUGUGGAAGUGGCGAAUUACUCUCUUGGUGAACACACCUUCUGUGGAGUGAAGGAGACACGACUGUUUUUAUCUUCUGGUUCUCUCUGUACUUCACCGGAGGCCCUCGCAGCGGCCUAUGCAACUCUGUGGACACUCGAUAAUAAUAAUCAUAAUAAUAAUAGUGAUAAUAAUAACAAUAACAACAUACAUGCGGUGUGGGAGAGACACGGUAUAUUUGAGGUAACUCCCGGAGAAGGUGUGAGUUUACGUAAAGCCCCCGCCUUUUUAUCCAUUCCACGUUUUCAAACCUACGAUUUAUCUUUAGCCAUUGCCUAUACACAUAGUGGAGAAGAAGAAGAGGGAAAAGGAAAAGGAAAAGGUACACUCACUGCGGGAAUGCCCAGUAGUCGGGCCUUGCGAGGUUCUCUUCUCUCCCACAGUUUGAGUGCCUCAAUGACGAUACGAGCAGAGAUGGGAUUACGACGGGCCCGAAUGACACUUAAGCCGCGGCCGGAGUGGCUGUUGGAGUAUCAACCGUAUCUCACACCACUCUUACCAGUCGCGUAUGUGUUGAAGGUGUCACUUCUCAUCGCCGCAAAGGAUACAGAGGCACUGAAGCGAUAUGCAAAGGAGUGGAUGUUGAAACCAUUGCAUGCGUGUACAUUUGCAGAUGAAAAUGGAGAACGUAUUCGGGCUCGAAGUGGUGGAAAGAAGAGAACAAUGCCAACUCAUCAUCAUCAUCAUCAUAAUAGUAAUAGUAAUAAUAGUCAUAAUACUACUGCUACUGCUGCUGAAGGGAAAAGAGGAGAUGGAGGAAGUAAUAAUAGUAGUAGUACUAAUAGUAAUAGUAGUAAUAGUACGAGUAUGAAUGCCUCAUCCACCAAUGAUAUUGUAACGGAAUGUCUCUUCACACCUUUACCAAACGCUAUUCAACAAGAUGCUGAGAUCGCUGCAAUGGCCGCAGAAGCGGGAAUACACGCUUCUCUACUACAAGCUUCUGUUUCUUUAGUAUAUGUUGCCGAUUCUCCUUUUUGUAUUUCGUUAUUAUCAUUAAACCGUCCGUUAGUAGCGGCUGGACGUUUGGCGUGGGUGAAACAAGUUCGUGUAUUAAUGGAUGAUGCGUUAGUGUAUGAUAGCGGCGAUGCGGGAGUUCCACAGCGUACGACUAGACCUACUACUACUACUACUAAUAUGAAUAUGAAUACUAAUACUAAUACUACUGGAGGAGGAGGGGUUCCUGUUCCUUCGCAAACAACAUCUUGCAAUGAUGAUUGUUUUUCACCGGUGGUGGUGGAUGGUGUGAUGUAUACUACACGUGUGAGACCUCUUAUUUUCUUCACGUUGGAUGCGUCUCUAUUAGAGGAGGCACGUCGAGAGAUUAUGACCGUGUAA